UCGUGAGCCGCGCGGCGCUGUCAACAAAACCGGGCACAAACAAAGCAGCCGCUAUUUUCAAACAACGGUCAAACUUUCGUGGCCAAUGAUUGCGGCUUCCGUUCGCCUGUGCACCGCAAAAUGAGCGUCAAAAUGGGAGCGAACGUGUGCCCGAUCACCGAGGAACGGUCGGGCACGGUGCGCGAGGUCGGCGGGCAGGCGGUAUGGAGUCUUUCGUCGUGCAAACCGGGCUUCGGUGUCGAUCAGCUGCGCGACAACUCGAUGGAAACGUACUGGCAGUCGGACGGGCAGCUGCCCCAUCUGGUCAACAUACAGUUUCACCGGAAGACGACGGUGAGCCAGAUUUACAUCUACUCCGACUACAAGCUGGACGAAAGCUACACCCCGAGCCGGAUAUCGAUCCGCUGCGGGACGCACUUCAACGAUCUGCAGGAGGUGGAGGUGGUGGACCUGUGCGAACCGUCCGGCUGGGUUUGCAUACCGAUCAAGGAGUACGAGGAGAUGCUGAUGUGCACGUUCAUGAUACAGAUCGCGGUCAUCAGCAACCAUCAGAACGGGCGCGAUACGCACAUGCGCCAGAUCCGGAUCCACUCGCCGACGGAGGGUUCGCAGUAUCCGCUCGAACAUCACGGCAAGUUUAGCACGAUAGAGUUUUCCCAGUUUAGAACGAUACGCUAAGGGGAGGAGGGGGUGGGGGGGGGGGAGGAGAAAGGGGCUUAGUAACGGUAACGCAAAACUAUUUAUCAAAAUAUAAGCACAUUUAAUUCCAGAAGAAAACAACGACAACACACAACAUAAAGAACCUUUUUCGUUUUAACCUUUGUGAGGCGGCUCCAGCACCGGUUUUACCGUACCGAGCACCCCUCUCCAGAGUCCCUCCUUACUGCAGCAGACCACGCAGCAUCGUUUCCAGCUUGCGACCGUCGGCCGCAAACUUGCGAAUACCGUCCGACAGCUUGUCCGUCGACAUCUGGUCCUCGUUCAGCAUCCAGCGGAACGUGGCCUCAUCCAUCUGCACCUUCUCCAGCGCUACCUCCUUCGCCUUCUCCGCAUCCAGAUAGCGCUUGACCGGUUCCGCACUCUUCUCCAGCUCGCCGAGCAGCUUCGGGCUGAUCGUGAGCAGAUCGCACCCGGCCAGCGCCAUGAUCUCGCCCACGUUGCGGAACGACGCGCCCAUC